AUGAUGGGUUUUGCAAUUGAAGAAGAAACGAAAAGAAGCCCCCUGAAAAUGGCGAGGCUUGGUGAUGUGAAGAGUCCGAAAAAGCAGAAGCGACUGGUUCAUGGUGAGGGAAGGCAACCUGGUGUCGUGUGUGGACAAUGCGUGAAGGGGUUCCCUUGUCUUUAUUGUUUUGUUGUCCUUCACUCGUUAUUAGUGGAGUGUGGAAUUGGUGAGAGUCUUGGUUCGGUUGUUUCUGUCUUUAUCGUUCUAAAACUGUCCUUUCUCUCUCUAGAGGAUCUAGAAGUGUGGCGGCGUGUGGUUCGUGGUGGUUCCACCUGUUUGGCUAUCGUCAUGAAGAAGGAGCUUUCGUUGGUGGAAGAUGGUGUUGAAGGGAUGAUGUUCGACAUAGUUGAUGACCCAACACAGAGUAAUGAUGUUUCCUUAAGUAUGAUUGGAAGGUUUGCCACUAAUAAACGGUCAGGGCUCAGAUUCUGA